AUGCCGGAUGUAGCGGAACGGGAUAUACCACUAGAAUAUCUCCAUGUUGGCAAGGUGAAAAAGGAAGCGGCGCUUGAUAAAGCUCUCGACAAAGCCGUCAAAAGCGCUAGGAAUGGGAAGGCUGCUAAAAAACCCAUAGCAAUUAAAGCUUUGCCAACUUCAGCCCAGUUUACCUCCACUGGAAAGAAGAAACCACCAAUUGAACAGAUUGACCUUGCGCAGGUCAAAAAAAUACAAAGGUCGAGCUUGAACGGGAAGGUUGUCGUCGCGGCAGUCUCUGAAGACAAAAAAACAUCCUAUAGGCUUGUUGCUAUGCGUUUUACGUCACCGGAAGCCUUUGAAAAGGGCCUUCAAGCCCUUAAACCGGAAACGCUGACCGCUCCUUCCGCAUUACCUUCACCAACGCGGGGUGGAGAUUCAAAUCGACAGCAGAGCCCCAUUUCGAACGUAAAGCAGCAGUUUAGGCCUGUCAGUCGGCAGAUGAGUCCUGAACGUUCUUCAAAAAGACAUAACGAUACGACUACUGGCAUUGGUAGGAAAACGCCCGCACGUGCUAGAAUGGCUAGCAUUUCCUCGACCACCCGCUCUCCUCUUUCAUUAACACAUAGAGGCACCUCUAUGGGUGGAUAUCAUAGACGCCCGGAGUCUACCAAGAGCUCCCGCAAUGAUGACUACAGAAAGUGGCCGAGCGCAGUCAACAUGGGUCACACAAAAACCACCUACAUUAGCACUGAUUUUAUCUUUAGCCCCUCUGGUGAACUACCCACAGAGGAGAUGUUACCGCCUGUUCCGAGGAGCUAUGCAAUUACCUACGUCGCCUCCCACCAAACUCCAGCAGGCUACACUCCAGAUUCUUUACUUACUUCAACACCCAGUGCUCCUCCCUCUUUGAUCGAGCAACAACGUGUGGAACAGUCCCCGUUUGGGAAUACUUCUACUGUUAGCAGUUAUAAUAACCAGUAUACCAAUAUGCAAGAUGUACAGCAUCUUCAGAAGAAACGUCAAUUACCUUCAGACAACAAUAGCUUUCAUCGCAAAUUGUCCGUUGAAAGCCGCGGAAGUCAUAAUCAAUCCGAAGACCUAUCCAAUCGCAUCAGUGGCGCUGAAUAUAACAGUAAGAGCUGGCGACAGAUACCACCUGACAAGGCGCCUCGCCCUCGUGUCCCACAUGCCAAUAGUAUUAACAGCAGCCGUACUUUAUCGGACGGGUCGCUCGGGACCUGCCGAAUUAUAUAUCCGUCCAAAACAUCAGCCAAAAGCAUAAGACGGUCUCGCUCGCAUAACAGACGGCCCUCUGUUCAUCGAAUAGAAUUAGUUGACGAGGAGGACAUCCGUGAGUCUGGUGCGGCCAAGAACUAUUCCUGCAAGUCCGAGGGACGAAGAAAUCGCUCAUCCUCGAGAAGGCGAUGGAUCAAACAACCCAUUUCUUCGUCCUCCUGCUCUGCCUGUGGCUCAAGCAUUUGGCAGUGCAGACGACGUUCUGGUUCCUUUGCUUCCGAUGCCACAAGCACGGACAGGUUUGAAUACAUGGAGGCAGACUGUCCUCGAGGAAUAAUCAAACUUUAUUAUCGACCCUCACAAAGUGUCCAUUAG